CUCUCCCUCGUGCAGUUGAUCGUCCGAGAGCUGCCGCUGCAAGACUCGAGAGGAUUCCUGCCGCGUCGGAAUGGAUCCGAGGCUCGGUCCAAGAUUCCCAUGCCCCCGCCGCCGGCUUCGGAUGACCCCGGCAACAUUCCUCCUUCUUCGUGGGAACUCAAUUAUUUCUCCAGGCCGACACACAAGCCUCAAAUAGAGCAACUGGAUACGGAUGAAGUGUGCACGGCGAAGGGGACGGUGAUCGGGGUGGCUCUGGCGAUGGUGUUUCUCCACGUCGGGAUGUUCGGGGGAUUCGCCUUCUUCUACCGGAGCAGACGACGCGAGUGGCGCAAGGCGGAAGAGGCCGAAAGCGUGUACGGCAACGGAGGAAGCCGAGACAUCCUCUUCCGCAGCAUCUACGACCAACCCCACCCGUUCAACGCCGUGAACCGAACCAACCCCCUCGCACGCCUCAAAGAUGCUCUCGACGCCUAGGCAUCCACGACCAGCGACGACCCCCAUCCCCUCCAGCCAUUCAUCCUGCGAUCACCAUCGGCAUCCUUCCCCCUCGAAACCCGUGAAUGGAACUCACACCCUCGCAUCUACGCCUAGGGCCGAGGGAUCUCCGAGCAUCCUCAUCCCCGUCCGACUCCCUCGAUCCCCGUGAAUCGAACGCCUGGAAGGUGCUCUCGACGCCUGGACGCUCUGGUCAAUGAGUUUUUUUUUUAUUCCCCGAAGACGUAGAUAUAGAAGGAUUCAAUAGUGGUACUCCACUGCCAAUAUUUUGUUCUUGCUCGUGGCUCCGAUUGUGAUGCUCAUAGCCAUUUUCUUACCAUCUUUGCAACUCACGCUCAAUUUCCCGUUUGCACUCUAUGUGCAAAUUUGCAUGACAGUUUUGUUGAUAGAGAUUUGUCACCUUCCCUAUGUGCACGCUACUCUCGUUUUCCUGCUUUUUUUUAUCAAAUGGAGAGUAUAAGGAAAGAUGGGGGAGAUA